AUGUCAGACUGGGUUGGGACUCCCUGGUGCUUUUUUAGCGAGCUCUUCAAGGGAUGCCCCGAACAAAGCACAGUGUCUACCUUAGUCAUUGUAUCUUCAGCGACUGGGGUGCUGUGCCUGCCAGACAGCCUGAAUCUUCACAGAGACCCACAGCGGUCAAACAAGCCGGGAGAACUGCCCAUGUUCAGCCAGUCAGAGUUGAGGACCAUCGAGCAGUCCUUGCUGGCCACCCGCGUGGGCAGCAUCGCGGAGCUGAGCGACCUGGUAUCCCGCGCAAUGCAUCACCUGCAGCCCCUCAAUGCCAAGCACCAUGGCAACGGCACCCCACUGCACCACAAGCAGGGGGCCCUCUACUGGGAGCCUGAGGCUCUGUACACACUUUGCUAUUUCAUGCACUGCCCGCAGAUGGAAUGGGAGAACCCCAACGUGGAGCCCUCCAAAGUCAACCUCCAGGUGGAAAGGGUACGGGCCCCUGCAGUGAAGGCAGUCUCAGGGGAUGCCACCUCCUUGGGUGGGAGUUAUCUUCAUCUUCCUUUCAUCCUGGCUGCUCAGGGACUCCCAGGGGAAAUCAGAGGCACCUGCUCAGCCAGCUGUGGGCCUCUCAGAAUCAUGAGUUAG